AGAAGUGGAAGUAGAGUAAUGGUGUUUUUUUAAUGCUCUCAGCAUUGUUUUUCAGCUCUGUUUGAUCUGAUAGUGGUCAACUGUAACAUUGUAUUCAAACUAAAAAAGGAUUUCCAUCAGAAAUUCAAUCAGAAAUUCAAGGGAAUUAAAUCAUAGGAUAUUUCUCAGUUAUUUCAUGAAUCGUAACUGUGUGCUUUUUAGGAGCUAAACUCACAAGGUUUUUCUAAAGUCAUCUUCAUUCAUAUGAUGGAAAGCUACAUCAUUUCAUCUGCAUCCGAAGGAAUAAUCGCAUAUGAACCCGAGAAUUAUCGACCACCAGUAGAGAUAUACUCAUAUCUCACCAAUGUUGGAGAACUUCACGAUGAACAUGGUUGGGACUACCACUCUGACAGGGGCAUGCACCAGAGUGACUUGUUGGAAACUUCCUCACAAGAGAGUCACCUGACAGAGCUCCAGAGUGUCCAUUCCCAACAACUCCUCCACCCCUAUCGCUACCCCGAUACCGACACCCUCCAUCUGCCACUAGUAGACCCAGGACUGGGACCCCUAACCCUAACCCCACAGAUGCCUUAUUGCAGCCGUACAGUGUAUUACCAUCAGCAGGCUCCUGUGUCCCCUAGCCGCUACUGCUCAGAGGAGGAGGGACCUGGGGGCCACAGCCCCACCCUGGAGGUGUCUGAGGGAGAGGAGGACUACGGAGACCAUAUCCCCUCUGGGGGAGACUCCAGUAGCAAGAGGAAGAUCCGUCUGUACCAGUUCCUCCUGGAUCUGCUGAAGAAAGGAGACAUGAAGGACAGCGUGUGGUGGGUGGAAAGAGAGAAAGGAAUCUUCCAGUUCUCUUCUAAACACAAGGAGACUCUGGCCAAUCGAUGGGGCACGCAAAAAGGAAACAGGAAGAAGAUGACAUACCAGAAGAUGGCCAGGGCCCUGCGGAACUACGGCAAGACGGGAGAAAUCAAAAAAGUCAAGAAGAAACUGACCUACCAGUUCAGUUCAGAGGUACUGAGGAAAGUCUCAACUACAGAGAGGAGGCCCUUCCCCCGCUAAGGAUACCAAAGAUUGUUUAUGUAAUGCCUCUUUAUACAGGCUUUGGGUUUAGGUCUACCCUCACUGAUAUGCAUUGCAAAUAGGACAAUCAAAUCAAAAAUCUAAUUUGAUUGGUCACAUACACAUGUUUAACAGGUGUUAUUGCGGGUGUAGCUAAAUGCUUGUGUUUCUAGCUCCAACAGUGCAGUAAUAUCUAACAAUACACAAAAAUACACACAAUACACAUCAACCUAAAAGUUAUAAUGACUUUUCCCUGUUCACUCACGACUGCGUGGCCAAACACGACUCCAACACCAUCAUUAAGUUUGCUGACGACACAACAGG